AUGGAGAGAACAUGGGAGGAUGUGAAUGUGAGGUCGGGAAAAGCCUGUAACGUCGAAGAGUUGCUGAAUGAAGUCAUUCGCCCCCUCAAGAAACCUGAAGGGAAAGGAUGGAAUGCUCUUGUCGUCGAUCGGCUGGCAAUGCGCAUGCUUUCUGCCUGCUGUAAGAUGCACAAUAUCAUGGAAGAUGGCAUAACGAUCGUCGAAGACUUAGCCAAGAGGAGAGAACCACUGCCUAGCCUAGAAGCCAUCUACCUCAUUGCACCAACCAAAGAAUCGAUUGAUCGUCUGAUUGCUGAUUAUACGGUUCGUAACCAGUACAAGUGCGCCCAUGUAUUUUUCACGGAGGCUUGUACCGACACGCUGUUCUCCGAAUUGUCUCGCAUUUGUAGUCUUCUCACUAUUGUGUACACGUUGGACUCACCUGACACAUAUUUUCUGUAUUACAAUGCUCAGAAGCAGGGAGGGCUAACAUCCAAUCUAGAACGUAUUGCUGAACAACUUGCGACAGUCUGUGCCACACUGGGAGAAUAUCCCUCUCUACGGUAUCGAGCUGAUUUCGAGAGAAAUAUGGAGCUUGGUCAUCUGGUUGAACAAAAAUUAGAUGCCUACAAAGCUGAUGAUCCCACAAUGGGAGAAGGAGCUGACAAGGCUCGUAGUCAGCUGAUUAUCAUAGUUACUCCUCUUCUUCAUGAAUUGACUCUGCAAGCAAUAUGCUACGAUUUGCUCGGGAUUGAGAAUGAUGUUCUUCUGGAUGAAAACGACGAUCUCUGGGUCGACACUCGUCACAAGCACAUUGCCGUAGUUUCUCAAGAGAAGUCAGGCGAUUCCAAGGCAGGCUUUAAAGCAGACGCGAAGUCUAUAAAAGACUUGUCAAUGAUGAUUAAGAAGAUGCCACAACAUCAAAAAGAAUUAAAUAAAUUCAGCACCCACUUUCAUUUGGCUGAAGAAUGUAUGCGUCAGUAUCAAAGCGGAGUCGAUAAAUUAUGCAAAGUGGAGCAGGAUCUCGCUACACAAAUCGACGCUGAAGGGGAACGAGUGAAGGAUCCGAUGAAGCUGAUGGUGCCGCUAUUGAUCGAUCCAGUCGUGAAAACCGAGGAUAGACUGAGGCUCAUUCUCCUUUACAUUCUCAGUAAAAAUGGAAUUACUGAUGAGAACCUGAACAAGCUUCUUCAACAUGCUAAUAUAGCUAUGGCUGAAAAAGAGACUAUAACGAAUGCGGCAUUCCUAGGAUUGAAUAUCACAACUGAUCAAGGAAGGAAGAAGGUGUGGACACCGGUGCGAAAAGAACGCCCCAAUGAACAAGUGUACCAAUCAUCGCGUUGGGUGCCAGCAUUGAAAGAUAUAAUGGAGGACGCGAUUGACGAUAAACUUGACACCAAGCACUUCCCAUUCCUCGCCGGUCGUCAGACUAACCAGCCAUUCAGAGCUCCAACUUCUGCACGUUAUGGACAAUGGCACAAGGAACGGGGCCAGCAAGCCCAGUACCGCAGUGGUCCACGCUUGAUUGUAUUUGUUAUUGGUGGACUAACUUAUUCUGAGAUGCGCGCAGCUUAUGAAGUAACUCAAGCAAAGAAACCGUGGGAAGUCAUCAUAGGCUCCGACCAGAUCAUCACUCCAGAGAAGUUUUUGACCAAUCUUCGCGACUUGAACAAACCCAGAGAGCAAUGA